UUUUACGGUAAACCGUAAAAAUUUUAGCCUUCAUAGGUUUUCGAGUUUCUAUAACACUUUAAUACUGUUUUUGGAUAACUAUUUGUUUUAAAGAUAUUACCAUAAGAAAAGUCUGGAAAGAUACCAUUUUUUGACAACCUUACAUUACAGUACUGAAUAAUCUGACCCUGUUCUGAGAUCUGGCAUCGAUUUCUUUACCCAUAACGAUGCGGAUAACCGAUUAAACUGGCAGAUGCUGCACGCUGCUGGUUCAGCCUAGUUGUAAUCUUAUAUAAGUAAGAUUACCAACAAGCUUGCCCUCCUUCUCGGAUAAUAAUUUCUCUACUACAAAGUGCAUCACUACUUGUACACCUUGGACCCACUAUUAUCGGAGGUCGGAUGUAACCAGCAUUCUCUUUCCUAACUGGCACACGCUCCACAAUGUGCUUCGAUAGCCCCGUGCAGGACGUGGACGGCGAUCGCGUGCAUUAUCCACCAAAGCGAGCCUGCAGCGAUGGCUGCAACUGCAAUGAAACCUGCACCACCACCACCACUGCUCCUUCCAUGUGUGAAGGCUGUGCAUGUCGCACCGUCCCUUUUCGUAAUCACGGGGAAUCAGGCUACGAAUCCGUAGAAUCGGGAUCAUCCCAGCCUGUUGAACUGCGCUGGGAUAGCGACGAAGUGGAAGGGGAUUUCGAUGCAGAGGUGGAUGGUGUGGAUUUUGAUGAGGAUUUUGAAGGUGUCGGGGAUGGUGCGGAGGAGACGCAGCAUUCUCCUUUGAAAUUGUCCGCGCGGGAUUCUUGUUCCUCACCCACGCCUCAUGCCCAUGUGGCGAAAUUCCUCUGCCCGCGUUUUAAGGCGUACGAGGAUGCGCCGUCCGAUACGGAGAUCUUUACGGGACCGACGGAAACCGCGGAUGUGCCCAUUGAAACAUGUGGAUGGGAGGUGCAGAUUUUUGUCGAUAGGAAGCCUGAGGUGAUUUGUACGGAUCAUAUUGUGGUCCGCGAUGCUGACGACGGAUCUAUUCAGAUUAACGAUUUCCUUAUUGAGCCGGAUAGCGAUUUGGGAUGUGGAUCGUUUUGUACAUUUCGUGUGGCGUCCUGUGUGAAAGAUCAUGGGUUAUACGCCAUAAAGUCCAUUUCUAAAAGAAGAGCGCAGAAAAAUUCCAUGCUGUUCAAGCAGUCAAAAAAUCCUUUUCUAAACAUCGAGAGAGAAACAUCGAUACUAAAGAAAAUUAACCAUCCCAACAUUGUCAAACUCUUCGAGAUUAUGGACGAUCCGGACGAAGACAACAUGUAUUUCGUAUUCGAAUACAUGGAUCGUGGUUGCAUAUUAUCUAUUCCGACUGAUACUCCAUUGCAGGAGACAGUGGCCAUGUCGUGCAUGCGCGACGUGCUGUACGGCGUGGAAUAUCUGCAUUCAAAGAAUAUCAUCCAUCGUGAUCUCAAACCGGAGAAUAUGCUACUGAAUUCCUUCGGGAGAGUGAAGUUAAUCGAUUUUGGAUUGAGUUUCAUCCAUGAGGAGGGAAAUGACACCACUCGUCUACCCUACGGUACACCGUCGUUUACCGCUCCGGAAUGUCUGGAUGACGAAAUAACGGAAGGUUAUUCCGCGGUGGCCAUGGAGAUGUGGGCGCUGGGUGUCACUUUAUUUGCACUACUUUUUGGAAAUGUGCCUUUCAGUCACGAUAACCUUUACGAACUCUACCGGAUGAUCCAGGAGGAACCGGUUGUUAUCCCCACCAAAACAUGCUGCCAUAUUUCCCUGAACGUCCGUGCUCUGCUUAAAGGAAUGUUGGAGAAGAACGUCAAAGAGCGCCUAAAACUGAAGGAGAUCAUGUCUUCUACGGUUUUUCUUUGGAAGAAUUCCGCCCAUUACCUUCCGGAACGUUGCAAAACCUGCCAGUAUUACAGUCCUAAAUCGUGCCACCCAGUUGCGGUAUGAUCGCACUCCAUACAUAGUUCCGUGGCCGUAUUCCGGUGUGUUGGGAUUACGCUUCUGGGUAUUCCAGUCUUUCGAAGGGUCAAUAUGACCCAUAUAAAUAAACAGUUUGUGACAGCAUUAAUUAUUGAUUAACAAAUUACAGCACCUUUAAUUAACGCCUGUUUAACUUGCUUUUGCAAUCUUUUAGCUUUUAUUUCUUGUCUCGUUAUAAUCUUGUCAGUUCAAUUUGACUUUUUUGAGUCAUGCAUUGCCGCUCUACAAUACUAUAAUUUUUACGCUUGUCCGGACAUCAUGGUGUGCUUAAUAAAUAUUAUGUACAGUAAUUCUGGAUACACGGACACGUUACUGAAUGA